CAACUUGCCAUUGGCAUCAUUGCAUGCAAUGCCAAUCAGCAUUCUUUAAAUUCGUCCCCACACCACCCUCCUUAAGCAAACCAUGGUUCUUUACAUAGACUGAAGCCUUUUCCUUUCCAAAAUAUUAUAUUCCAACCCAAAACCAAAAAAGAGAGACACAAAAAAUAGAAAGAGGAAGAGAAAGGGAGUAUUACUACUCAUGGGGAUUGUGGAAGAAGCACACAACGUGAGAAUAGUGGGAGUAGAGGGGAAUAAUAACCAAAUUGUGUUGCUGGCUCAUGGAUUUGGGACUGACCAAUCUGUGUGGAAACACCUUGUUCCACAUUUAAUUGAAGAGUAUCGUGUGAUCCUUUAUGAUAACAUGGGUGCUGGUACUACAAACCCAGAUUACUAUGACUUUGAACGAUAUUCUACUCUCCAAGGAUUUGUUUAUGAUCUACUUGCUAUUUUGGAAGAGCUUCAGGUUCAAUCUUGCAUCUUCGUUGGUCACUCUCUUUCGGCUAUGGUUGGUGUCAUCGCUUCAAUUUCUCAUCCUCAUCUUUUCUCUAAGCUUAUCUUGCUCUCUGCUUCUCCAAGGUUUUUAAAUGAUACGGAUUACUAUGGUGGCUUCCACCAAGAAGACCUGACCCAACUAUUCGACGGAAUCCGCUCAAAUUACAAAGCAUGGUGCUCCGGCUUCGCGCCACUGGUGGUUGGUGGCGACAUGGACUCAGUGGCAGUGCAAGAGUUUAGCAGGACAUUGUUCAACAUGAGGCCGGACAUAGCUCUAAGUUUGGCACAAACCAUAUUUCAAUUUGACAUGAGGGAGUUUCUAAGUCUAGUCACUGUGCCCUGCCACAUCAUACAGAGCACUAAGGACUUGGCUGUGCCGGUCGUUGUUGCGGAAUAUAUGCAACAGAAUCUCGGUGGGAAGUCCAUCGUCGAGGUCAUGCCCACCGAGGGACAUUUGCCGCAGUUGAGCUCACCGGAUAUUGUCAUUCCAGUGCUGCUCAACCAUAUCCGGCACAAUAUAUCAAGUUAAGUAAAGAUGAUAAAUUAUGGAUUAAAAGGAAGAUAUGUAAUGUAAGUGUUGUUUUUUCUAGUUUUAUGUGGGAGCCCUUUAUAUAGAUAUAUGUUUAGAUGUUCUACACACAAUAAUAGAGUUACCGAGGCUUAUAAAUGAGUGUAUUACUAUUUAUUAACCACAAAAAAA